AUGACGGCCUGUGGUCUCAUUGACAUGGGUUUUGUAGGCGGCAGAUUCACAUGGUCCAAUAGACAUACGAAAGAAAGGUUAGAUCGCGGCUUUCAAACAAUCCAAUGGCGCAACAAAUUUCCAUAUAGUAGGGUUAUCACUCUGAGUCCUUCAGAUUCGGAUCAUUGUCCAUUGCUUAUUGAAGCCUAUAGAGAAAAGCAACUCCGCAGGAAAGUCAAGAAACCGUUUCGUUUUGAAAAGUGUUGGUUUGGCAGGGAAGACUGUGUGAACAUUAUUAAGCAAGAAUGGGCAGUGCCUACUACUGGAAAUGCGUUACAGCAACUAGGAAGCAAGACAAAGGCUCUUGGUGACAAAUUAAUGACCUGGCACCGUACUGAGUACAACAAACACCACACUGAGAUGGGGCAAAUUCAGGAGAAGCUAAAUGACCUCAUGAGACAACCUCAUUCUCCGCAACUUUAUGAAGAACAAAGACAGCUCCAUGCUCGUUUUAGUCAGUUACUCACCAUCCAGGAAACGUAUUGGAGGCAAAGAUCUCGUGCCUUAUGGUUGAAAGAAGGUGACAGAAACACUGCCUACUUCCACAGAAAGGCAAGUAAUAGAAAAUCUCGAAACACUAUUAAGGGUCUUUUGGAUGAACAUGGGGUUUGGCAGACUGAACCAAGUGAAGUGCAAAGGCUUUUAAUGCUUUAUUUUCAGAAUAUUUUCUCAGCGGAACAGGUUGAUGAAGAGGCUAUUGAGGCAGUAAUUGACUCUACUCCAUGCAAAGUGACACAACAGAUGAAUGAGGCUUUACUACUCCCAUACACAGAUGAAGAAAUUAAGGCAGCCCUUUUCCAGAUGCACCCGUCAAAGAGCCCGGGGCCAGAUGGGAUGUCCCCAUUUUUCUACCAAAAGUAUUGGCAUAUUGUCAGUCAGGAUGUGUGUGUAGCAGUUAGAGGCUUGCUUGAAAAAGGCGAAAUGUGGCUGCAGUCAAACUACACAUAUCUGUGCUUAAUACCAAAACUUCAAGACCCGAAAGAGGCCAUGCACUUUCGGCCUAUAGCUCUCUGCAAUGUUAUUUGCAGAAUCAGUUCUAAAGUUGUGGCAAAUCGACUUAAGGUGUGGCUUCCUGAGAUAGUAUCUCCUUUGCAAAGUGCUUAUGUUCCAGGUAGAUUGAUUUCGGACAACACUUUAGUGGCAACUGAAGCAGCACACUUCAUGCACAAACUGAGACACCAGGAAUCAGGUUUCUUCUCUCUAAAACUUGAUAUAAGUAAAGCCUAUGAUAGACUUGAUUGGACCUUUAUUCAUGCUAUGCUGACGAAACUAGGUUUUGCAUCCCAAUGGGUACAAAUCAUUAUGAAGUGUGUAACAUCCGUGGGCUAUUCUAUUUUGCUUCAUGGGGAACCUUCUCCUCUGAUUACCCCUACUCGGGGCAUUAGACAGGGAGAUCCACUAUCACCCUAUCUAUUCAUUUUAUGUAGUGAAGGCUUGUCAGCUUUAAUCUCAAAGGCAGUGCAUCAACAUAAUAUUCAGGGUCUUACCAUGUGCCCUCAAGCUCCCACAUUGCACCAUCUUUUCUUUGCAGAUGACAGUUUACUCUUUGGCUCAGCUACAAAUGAGGAGUGCUUGCAAUACAGAAAAAUUUUGAAUACUUAUGAGAAGGCCUCUGGUCAGAAAGUAAAUUUCCAGAAGAGUAGUGUUGUCUUCAGUAAUAAUGUAAAUGUUGACAGACAAAGAGAAAUGGCUGCUCUACUAGAAGUCAAGUGUGUCACAGAGCAUGAUAGAUACCUGGGUUUACCUAUGAGAGUAGGGAAAUCCAAGACUGCUAUUUUUGAAUACAUCAAGGAGAAGCUCACUAAGAAACUUGUGAGUUGGAAAGCGAAAAUUCUAAGUGCAGCAGGUAAGAAGAUCCUCAUAAAAGCAAUUGCGCAAACCAUGCCCUUAUAUGCCAUGAACUGUUACUUGUUACCUAAAAGCCUUUGUGAUGAUAUCCAUCAACUGUGUGCCUCAUUCUUUUGGGGAGAUACCGAUGAGAAAAAGAAAAUCCAUUGGAGAAGCUGGGAAAAGCUCUGUUUGACCAAGCCUGAAGGUGGCAUGGGUUUUAAAAAUAUAUAUGCCUACAAUCUUGCUAUGCUUGCUAAACAGGGAUGGAGAUUGGUGUCCAACCCACACUCAUUGAUUGCCAAGCUGUUUAAAGCCCGGUACCACCCCAAUAGCUCUUUUUGGGAAGCAGAACUUGGAGACUCUCCAUCUUUCUCUUGGAGAAGCAUCCUUAAUGGAAGGCCAGUCUUAAAACCGGGAGUACAAUGGAGCGUUGGUAAUGGUUCUCAAGUCAACAUCUGGAAAGAUAAGUGGAUCCCAAACUGCCAACAAUUCCUUGUUCAUAAACCACCGGAUUGUGUUUUUGAACUUGUGUCUGAUUUAAUUGACUCCAGCACAAGACAAUGGAUACCCGCUGCCAUAUAUGCCAUCUUCCCACCUGUAAUUGCUCAACAGGUACUAUGUAUUCCUCUUAGUAGUAGACAUAUGGAAGAUAAAUUGUGUUGGAGCCCGGAAAAGAAGGGUUUCUACUCUGUCAAAACCGCUUAUUGGAUUGCCAGAACCAAAGUGCUAGAAAAUGUGCUUGCUUCCACUUCCCAGGGUAAUCCUUUUCAGGAGUUAUGGAAAAGGAUUUGGCGUGCAAAGGUGCCAGGCAAAGUUAAAAUAUGCAUAUGGAGGGCUUGCUCAAAUCUGUUACCAACUCGGGCAACCCUAAGCACUAAAGGGUAUACUGGUGACCUACACUGUCUCUUAUGUCCACAUCCAUAUGAAGACGCUGCACACAUCUUCUGUAAGUGCCCCACUGCCAUUUCCAUUUUAGCUGCACCACCUUUUAACUUGGACAGAAGUCUGUUGCCUAGCAUAGAUUUCAAGGAAUGGAUGCUUGAUCAUGCCUUGCAUCUUAAGAAUGAAGUUUUUGCUAAGCUCCUGAUGGUACUUCAUGCCAUAUGGAAGAACAGAAAUGACAUGUUUUGGCGUAAUACUAGCCAACCUGCAAGUAAUUUGGUGUUUAGCUCUCUUGCAUGGCUCGCAGAGUUUGCUAAAGGAAAUUUAACAGAAAACUCAAAGCAACCAAAGAGUAGGCCUAUCUGGAAACCGGCGGCUCGAGGUCAAUGGAAACUUAAUGUUGAUGGAAGCUUCGUACCCCAAAUACCUCAUGGAGGUGUUGGUGGCAUACUGAGAGAUGAUACAGGGAAGUUCAAAGCUGCUUUCGCAUUCCCUAUUCAAUCAGUUGCCUCAGCAAAGCAGGUCGAACUUUGUGCCAUCAUGAAAGGCCUUGAAAUGGUGAAGGCCCUACAGAUUAGUAAUGUGGUGAUUGAAACGGACUGCCUCGAAGCUGUCUCUGAUAUUGCAGAUAGACACUGCACUCAUAUUAAUGCAGAAGGUCUCAUUGAUGAUAUUCGAGGUAACCUUGCCCUGCUGUCCAAUGUCAUUGUGCAGCAUGCCCCCAGAUUGUGUAACCAAGUAGCUCACCGUCUAGCCAAUGUUGCCUAUGAGGCCAGUAUGGGUGAAUCAUGGUUUGAUCAUCCUCCAGACUAUAUUCUGGAAGUACUAGAGCAUGAUUGUAAGAAGCUGGGGUCAGACUGCCCUCCACAUUAA